AAAGAGGCGGCACAUCACUCACUACAAGCAUCCUCCAUUUUUCUCUCUUGAAUCAUCAAAAAUGGCGGGUCUUGGUAAGAAGAAGCUUCAAAGGAAGGCAAAACAAGCUGAAAAACGAGCAUCAAAGAAGGAAAACAAUCAAGGAGAAGAAGAACAACAACCUUCAUCUUCUUCCUCAAAUCCUGGAAAUAACAGUGGUAUCAGUAAGAAGAAGCUUCAAAGGAAGGCAAAACAAGCUGAAAAGCAAGCAGCAAAAAAGGAAAACAAUCAAGGGGAAGAAGAACAACCUUCAUCUUCUUCCUCAAAUCCUGGAAAUGUUCAAGUUCUGCCACCUGAUGAAUGGUUUUCAAUGCUGAAGAAUGAUGUUCUUGAUUGUGGGCCCAUUGGAAAUGUUUUGGAUGGUAUCUUAAGAAAUACUGUUCGUAUGACUGUUGAAUUACGAGCUCCUAGAUUUGGUUCUCUUCCCUUACUUCUUGGCAAGAAUCUCGUUUAUAUUCAGCUUGUGGUGAUAGAUACUGAUAGAAGCAUUCAAGGGAAGCUGUAUACAACAGGAGCAGAAGUAGAACCUUAUGCUGUAAAUGUCAGUGCACAUUCCAGAAAGUUGUUCAAAGAUGCUGUUCCAUACUUGCUGAAGGAUACUGACCAAUGGUUGUUCUCCCGUUCUUUAGUUUUCAAAGGAUAUAAUGGUGUGAUUGAAAAAGCAGUCCAGUUCCCAUCUUAUGAUCCUACUGAUGACCUACUAGAACUACCCAAGAAUCUAUCCGGUAUUCGUUGUGCAGAGGUCUUCUUGUUCGUUGCUGGAGAUUUCGAUGUGAAAGAGGAUGGCUUGUGCUCCCGUGAUGCUGUGAAGGAACUUCUGCAUGAACUGAAUUCGAAAGAGGGCAUCUCCAAACUACUUGCCUUUGAUGUGGUGGCUGCAAGUGUCGUCGUUUCUAAAGAAAAGUCGGAGGGACUGAAGGAUGUGCAUCUGAGUUUGAUUGCUUGAUAUAUCUGCAACUAAAUUUUAACACAAACUUGUUUGCUAAUAUAUCAGAUGUAGUGUAAUAUAACUAAUGUUUAAGCAACUCGUUAACUGUGACUGGAUGGCUUGGGCUUGGUACUUGGAACUUUGGUAGGUGAUGCAAAAAUGUGCUGAGAUGUUUAAUUUCAGCUUGAUGUCUAUUUACUCCGAA